AUGACGAAGCUUCAUCUUUUUCUUCUCGCCAUCGCAUUCCUUUCCUCGCUGCAGAAUGCGGCAGUCCUCGCAACCAAGAAGGCUUAUAUUGUGUACCUCGGCGGGCACUCUCAUGGCGCCAAUCCCACCUCUGCAGACUUCGAGAGUGCAACUCAAUCUCAUUAUCAGCUGUUGGGAUCCACUUUUGGAAGCGAGGAACUGGCUCGCUCUGCAAUCUUCUACUCCUACACGAAACAUAUCAAUGGCUUUGCUGCAAUGUUGGAAGAGGAAGAAGCGACGCUGAUCUCCGAGCAUCCCGAUGUCAUAUCGGUGUUCGAGAACACCAUGAAGUCGUUGCACACGACCAGAUCAUGGGAUGUCAUGGGCGGAUUCUUGAACAGGCAGGGGAAGGCGCACCCUGAAUCUAUUUGGGCCAAAGCCAACUAUGGCGACGACGUCAUUAUAGCCAAUUUCGACACAGGUUCUUCGUCCAUACCUUCAAUGCCUUCGUUUGUUCCUUCUUUUCUGUUUGGAUUAUCUUUGACGAAGCUGCGUUUUCAUUCGAAAGGUGUGUGGCCUGAAUCCGGCAGCUUUGAUGACAAAGGAUAUGGGCCGGUUCCGAAGAGAUGGAGAGGGAUCUGCCAGAACAGCACCAAGCACAGCUUUCACUGCAACAGGAAGCUGAUUGGUGCCCGGUUCUAUGACUUGUCCCAUCAGGCCAACAGUGCAUCGCCGCCGGUAGAGUACUCUCCCCGCGAUAGCGAGGGCCACGGCACCCACACGCUCUCCACGGCCGCAGGGGGGAUCGUCCGCGGCGCAAACAUCUACGGCGAAGCCAACGGCACUGCCAGAGGUGGCUCGCCCCAUGCGAGGGUCGCCGCCUACAAGGUGUGCUGGGGGCUCUGCGCCGAUGCCAACAUUCUUGCUGCCUUCGAUGACGCCAUACACGACGGCGUCGACGUCAUCUCGUUGUCGGUAGGUGGUCUUCCGUAUGAGUACCUCUUCGACUCCAUCGCCUUGGGGUCGUUCCAUGCGGUGCAGCGAGGAAUCACCGUCGUGUGCUCCGCCGGCAACGACGGACCGACCCCUGGCACGGUCUCCAAUAUUGCGCCAUGGAUAUUCACCGUAGGAGCAAGCACGAUCGACAGGGAGUUCUAUUCCCUCGUCACUCUCGGCAGCAACAAGAAGAUAAAGGGAGUGAGUCUCUCGUCGAAAUCUCUUCCAGCCCAUAAGCCCUAUCCAUUGAUCGAUGGCUCUAAUGCGAAGCGCCCGAAUUCAUCCGCCGAAGAAGCUGGCUGGUGCUACCCCGGAACACUCGACCCCGAGAAAGUUCGAGGAAAGAUCGUAGUUUGCACGCGCGAUACGUCAUUUGCACGAGUGGAGAAGGGCGUCGACGUCUUGAAGGCCGGCGGGGCGGGGAUGAUCCUCGCUAACAGCGAUGAGGAAGGGAACAGCCUCCUUGCGGAUCCCCACUUCCUCCCUGCUUCAAUGAUUACAUACAAAGAUGCUCUGAGACUGAGUUCCUAUCUGAAAUCUACCAAGUCACCUACCGCUACCAUUUCACCUGUAACUACAGUUCUGGGAGUGAAACCAGCGCCGGCCAUGGCUUCUUUCUCAUCUCGAGGCCCCAAUCUUAUCAAUCCCGAGAUUCUCAAGCCUGAUAUCACUGCGCCAGGGGUGGACAUUCUCGCAGCCUUCACCGAGGAAGUCGGACCUACCAUGCUGGAUUUAGACAAGCGACGUGUCCGAUUCAAUGUCAUGUCCGGCACGUCGAUGUCCUGCCCUCACAUCUCCGGCGUCGCAGGCCUGCUGAAGAAGCUCCAUCCUCGUUGGAGUCCUGCUGUUAUCAGAUCGGCCAUCAUGACAACCGCGAGAACUCGAGACAACACGAGAACGCCAAUGAAGGACGAUAACCGCGAGAAGGCCAUACCGUUCGACUACGGCGCCGGGCAUGUGCGGCCGAACCGCGCCAUGGAUCCCGGGCUGGUGUACGACAUCACCUUCACCGACUACGUGCAUUUCCUGUGCAGCCGCGGGUACAACGCUUCCAACAUGGCGCAAUUCAUCGGCAAGCGCUUCGCCUGCCCGUCGAAGACCAUGAGGGCGGAGGACUUGAACUACCCAUCGAUCACCGUCCCGAACCUCCAGAAGUCCUUCACCGUCUCUCGCACCGUGAGGAACGUCGGCACGCCCGGCACGUACAAUGUGAGGAUCAAGGCUCCCUUCGGCAUCCACGUCUCGGUGAAGCCGCAGACGCUCGAGUUUGCCAAGGUUGGGGAGGAGAAGACGUUCCAAGUCACGCUGCGGUCGCGUAGCGAGAGUGUCGGUGUAGGGUAUGUCUUUGGUGGCCUGACAUGGACCGACGGUAAGCACUACGUGAGAAGUCCUCUGGUGGUGAAUGCGUUCUCAUGAGGUUAACAUCACUGGGUCGAGAUGAUCCCAUUUUUUAGGAUUUAGCCCCUCUUUUUUUAGUCUUUUGUUUAGAUAUAGAAGUAUAGUUGCUAAUUUAUUUGGUU